AUGAUGCGCCAAACCACUCUGCUACGAGUGCGACGAGCGUACGCAGGGACAACUCGAAUCCUGGGACGCUUCUCAAGCACAUAUGCAGGAUCAAAGAGACUUGGCGUGGAUUACGAGAAACAGAUAGCGAAUCUGAAAUCGCUGAAAGAAACCUGUCGACGUCCGCUAACCUUGACUGAGAAAUUACUGUAUAGUCAUUUGAUUACGGAUGAUGCGCGAAACUGCAACUUGGAUCACGUUGAACGUGGCAAGACAGUUCUCGAGAUCAGACCAGAUCGAGUUGCUUGUCAUGAUGCGACAGCGACAAUGGCUUUGCUACAAUUCAUCAGUGCGGGUUUACCCCGGGUUAUGGCGCCGACCACGGUACACGGUGAUCAUUUGAUUGUUUCGGAGAAAGGAGCUGAGGAAGACCUUCGGCGUGCUAAAUUGGAGCAUGCGGAGGUCUAUGAGUUUCUCAGUAGCGCUUCUAAGAAAUAUGGGAUUGGGUUUUGGAAGCCUGGCUCGGGAAUUAUUCAUACUGUGAUUUUUGAGAAUUAUGCAGUCCCCGGUGGUGGCUCCGAUGCUGUUGAUGCAAUGUCUGGCAUGCCAUGGGAAUUGAUUGCACCAAAGGUGAUUGGUGUUCGGCUGACCGGAGAGUUACAAGGAUGGGCAACUACGAAAGACAUUAUCUGCAAGCUGGCAGGGAUCCUGACCGUCUCUGGAGGGAAAGGAUCUGUGAUUGAAUUCUUCGGUCCAGGGACUAAAACAAUGGGAGCAACCGCAAUGGCAACAAUCUGCAACAUGUCUGCAGAGAUUGGGUCGACAUCCUGUAUAUUCCCGUACGCGGAAUCAAUGGGGCGCUACUUAAGUGCCACAAGUCGACACGAUGUGGCACGCGAAGCUUUCCGCGUCAAGGAUAUUUUCUUGACGGCGGACGAAGGGUCUCAUAACUACUAUGAUCGAGUCAUUGAGAUAGAUCUGUCAUCUCUGGAGGCUCAUGUGAAUGGCCCAUUCACACCAGAUCUAGCUCAUUCUAUUUCUGAAUUGGGCAAGGCUGUCCACGAAAAUGGGUGGCCGGUUGAGCUCAGUCAUGCCAUGGUGGGAAGCUGCACAAACAGCUCAUAUGAGGAUUUGGAAAAAUGCAAGCAGCUUGUCUUACAAGCGAGAUUUGCUGGAUUGUCCAAAUUCAAGACCUCAUUCCUCCUCACACCUGGAAGUGAGCGAGUUCGUGCUACCGCAGAAGAGGACGGUAUUCUGCACGAACUACGCGAAGCUGGCGCUGUUGUUCUCAGCAGCUCCUGUGGACCUUGCGUUGGGUCUUGGGAUAGAAAAGAUGUGGACGUCAAAGGAAAAGAGAAGAAUUCUGUCAUCUCCAGCUUCAACCGUAACUUUGUUGGUCGACAUGACAGUAAUCCUGCUACUCACUCUUUUGUCACAUCUCCCGAGAUGGUCACCGCAUUUGCUUUCUCCGGCCGACUCGACUUUAAUGCUACCACUGAUGCUUUAAUUGGCGACGGGCAGCAAUCCUUCAGAUUCAAACCUCCUGUGAAUCAUGAGCUUCCUUCCAAAUUUCAGAGUGGCGUCAAUACCUUCCAAGAGCCUCCCGCAGAUGGGACAAAUCUCUCAGUAAAUAUCGAUCCUCAGUCAGAUCGUCUUCAGCUAUUGGCGCCUUUCAGUUCCUGGCAGCCGGGAUGUGCAGAAGAUAUGGAAAUUUUGAUCAAGGUUUCUGGCAAAUGUACUACUGAUCAUAUUUCCCCGGCAGGACCCUGGUACAAAUACCGAGGUCAUUUGGAAAAUAUCAGUAACAACAUGCUGACGACCGCAUCCAACGCCUUUCUUCCCAAUAGACCUCAGAUGCUAGGUCACACAAGACACCCAUUGACUGGAAAACUCGAAGUCGUUCCCCAAGUUGCUCGGGAUCUCAAGCAAAGAGGUGUGCGAUGGUGUAUUAUAGGAGAUCAUAAUUAUGGCGAGGGUAGUUCGCGUGAGCACGCAGCGCUUGAACCUCGGUACCUGGGUGGAACCGCGAUUAUCGCUCGAUCCUUCGCAAGAAUUCACGAGACGAACUUGAAGAAGCAGGGGAUGCUCCCUUUGACAUUUCAAGAUAUUGCUGAUUAUGAUCGCAUCUUGGAAGGUGAUCGUAUAUUUCUGGUUGGCGUUGAAGAUGGUGAGUUUCAGCCUGGUGUACCUGUCAUCAUGAGAGUCAGGAGCAAGGAUGGAAAUGGUUGGGAGGCUUUGCUCAACCACAGUUAUCAUUCUGGGCAGAUUGCCUGGUUACGAGCGGGAAGUGCGCUGAAUCAUAUCAAAGAUACUCUAAUAAAGUGA